AUGAUAGCCAGACAUCUACUUCAACCAGACAUCAUAGCCAUGGCGUCCUACAACUUCUCUAUCGUCCUCUCCCUCUUCCUGGUGCUCCUCACCCACGCAAACGCAGAAAACUUCCUCUCCUUCAGCAUCAAAAACUUUAGCUCUGACAUCCUCAUCCUCCAAUCUGACGCCAAGGUAUCCUCCGGUUCCUUACGACUCACCAGCGUUAAUUCCUCCGGUGCUCCCAUUCCGUUUUCUACGGGACGCGCCUUCUACACCUCUCCCGUCCAUGUCUGGGACAAGUCGACCGGCGCCGUCGCCAGCUGGGCCACCUCCUUCACAUUCAACAUUCGCGCUCCCGACAAGUCAAAAUCCGCCGAUGGGCUUGCCUUUGCUUUGGUACCCGUCGACUCUCAGCCCAAAUCCGAUGGUGGGUAUCUAGGUCUUUUCGACAACCCUAAGCACGACAGCUCCCUCCAGACACUCGCUGUGGAGUUCGACACCCAUCACAACCAAUGGGACCCUGAAACCAGGCACAUUGGCAUCGACGUAAACUCCAUCACUUCUAUCAAAACGACAUCGUGGGAUUUUGCCAACGGGGAAGACGCCAAGGUUCUCAUUACGUAUGACGCCACCACCUCCCUUUUGGUGGCUUCUUUGGUCCACCCUUCUAACAAAACGAGCUUCAUCCUCGCCGAAAAAGUGGACGUGACUGAAGUUCUUCCCGAGUGGGUGAGCGUUGGGUUCUCUGCCUGCACCGGGCUGACGAAGGAGUACUUUGAAACCCACGACGUGCUCUCUUGGUCUUUUGCUUCCAUGCUCCCAGAUUCCUCCUCCUCCUCCUCCUCCACUGAUGCUUUGGACCUUGCCAGCUUCGUCCUCCAUGAGGCCAUCUAG